AUGGACAGUGUCAACGGAUGUCAUAAUGGUAUCGCUACUGAAGGAGUAUCACCAAUGCGUUUCCAGCACUGUAUCAAAAUAUCCCUGGACGCGACCACGAGCCGUCCCGUCUCCACCGCCACGGCCUUGCGCGAUGCCAAACAUAAUGAGCAGGCCACGGAGGGGAUACGGCACAAGCGUUCUAGUGGGUAA